AUGAUCAAGGCAGCGAUGAAGACGACGGUGGCCAAAGUCAGGCCCGAGCUGAUCUCGUUCAAUCCGUUGGUGGUUUCCGAUGCUACCACGUUGUCGCAUUUGAACCAGGCAGCGGAACUUAUCCGCACCAACCAGGUGGUGGCGUUCCCCACGGAAACCGUUUACGGUCUCGGAGGCAAUGCCCUCAGCGAUGACGCCGUUAAAGCGAUCUAUGCCGCCAAAAACCGACCUGCCGAUAACCCGUUGAUUGUUCACGUGGCUCUGGUGGAACAACUUCAACGGAAACUCCUCCCCCCAGACUAUUCCAUCCCCAAUUGUUAUAAGGAGUUAUUGGCGAAAUACUGGCCGGGCCCGUUGACCAUUUUGCUUCCCGUGCUCCCUGGGUGUCCUGUAAGCACUCUAGUGACGGCAGGACAGCCUACGUUUGCCGUACGAGUGCCCAGUCACCCGGUGGCUCGAGCCCUUAUAGCGUUAAGUGAUACGCCUAUCGCUGCCCCUAGUGCCAAUGCCAGUACCCGACCGCUGCCUACACGUGCUAGCCAUGUUGUUCAUGACCUAGAUGGUCGCAUUCCGCUUGUAAUUGACGGUGGCUCGUGUGGUGUUGGUCUCGAACUGACAGUGGUCGAUGGCCUUGUGGAACCUCCCCAAUUAUUAAGACCAGGCGGGGUACUGCUUGAACAAGUCCAACAGUACUGGCCGUCAGUGAUUGUCGCCAAAAAGACUGCGGGAAAGACCGAGGCGGUGAGAACUCCGGGGAUGAAGUAUAAGCACUAUAGUCCUACGGCCAAAGUGUGGCUUACUCAGGAUUAUGAUAAGGCUAAACAGUAUGUGCAAGACCAUACUGAUUUGAAGGUGGCAGUGCUUUCCACACAAACAUUCCAGGAGAUCGAGGGGGCUGCUAACUAUGCGAUGGGCACCACACCGGAGGCGAUAAGUCACAGUUUAUUUGCUCUUUUGCGACAGAUGGACGACGAGGGGGUGGACGAAGUGAUUGUUGAAGCUAUUGACACGUCAAAUGGGGGAUUGGCGGUGAUGAACCGGUUGGAAAAAGCCGCUGUAGGCUACCUUUAA